UACCCUUUGGAAGCGGGCGCCAUCUUGGUCGGGCUCAACAAACUGGUCUCCCAUUCGCUCUUUGGAAGCAACUCUCCGUCUAUCCCAGAAAUGCUAUCACUGUUGCGUUACAGAAAUGCAAAUACACGGACGGCUCAACACAACUCAGAGGUUCAUGUCUUUUGCAAAAGUCUUGCAGUGUCCUACAAUCCCACUUUCCAAUGGUCUGAAAAUUCCAAUAGUUGGACUAGGCACAUCCCAUGAUGGCGGAUACACCCAUGAUUCUGUUGUGUAUGCUCUCAAAGAGUGUGGCAUGCGGCACAUUGACACAGCAAAGCGUUACGGCUGUGAGGAGAAUUUGGGUAAAGCCAUUAAAGAGAGUGGGAUACCAAGAAGUGAUCUUUGGCUCACCAACAAACUGUGGCCAGGAGACUAUGGAUACAGCGCUGCUAAGAAGGCCUGCAUGGAGUCCUGCGCACAGAUGGGGGUGGAAUACUUUGAUCUGUACCUGAUGCACUGGCCAGAGGCAAAACAUCCUGUCGGCUCCAACAGGGAGAUGAGAGCUGAAACCUGGAGGGCUUUGGAGGAACUUUAUAAAGAAGGUGUUUGCCGUGCUAUUGGAGUGAGCAACUUUCUGGUCCACCACCUGGAACAGUUAAAGGAAGACUCUAGUGUGGUUCCACAUGUAAACCAGGUUGAGUACCAUCCAUUCCAGCAGCCCAAUAAGCUCACAGAUUACUGUCGCCAGGAGAGCAUCGUGUUUGAAGGCUACAGUCCUCUGGCUAAGGGUCAAGUCCUCAGAGACCCAACUGUUCUCCGGAUAGCGGAAAAAUACAGGCGCACAACUGCUCAGAUCUGCAUCCGCUGGAGUAUUCAGAAUGGAGUUGUGACGAUACCAAAAUCCACCAAAAAGAAGAGGAUACAAGAAAACUUUCAAGUUUUUGAUUUCCAUCUGGAAGAUUCAGACAUGGCUGUUUUGGGGGGACUGCAUGAUGGAAGGCACGUGACUUGGGAUCCAACAAAUGUAGAGUAACAAUAUUAGAUCAGAUUAAAUUAGGUUUCAAAGUGAUACAUGCUACAGUAUUGUCAUGGACUGGAGUCACCUCUCCCACUGGCCCUCAAAAGUAUGGUCUUCUUAGGCUUGAGUGUAAUCUUUAUCAUAAUGCAUGUGCAAUGUAUCAGGUCAUACAUUGAACAAACAGCAGGUAUUGUGAUCUUACUCCAAUCCGCCGUCCUCUGUAUACACAUGACACAAGGAAAAACAUCUCACUAAGGGGAAGAAACAAAGGCUUAAAUGUACUAGCCUUAUUGUUGAUUGCAGAGGGCCACAGAUAUAGUAUGUGCUCGAUGACAACAUAAAAAUGUCCCAUUCUUUUUCAACUCUUAAGAAAAAUUUAAAGAAGAAGUUUAUUAUCAUUAUAUGAUUAACUAGUGUUACUGUGUGUACUCGUGUCCAUUGGGGUAUUAUGUUGCCCUUUUCUCCUUGUUUCAUGAUUCUGAAUUGAACUAUGUGUUUGUAAAUCACCUUAUGCUGGUACAUAGAUAGCUUGAAUGUGAUUGUCUCUGUUUGCCUUGGCCACUAUUUUCUUUUUAGGGACGAGGAGGUGUGUUAUAGUGCUAUAAACUCCAUGCCAUGGAAUUAAUAAUGAA